UUUUUAUUUCUUAUCAAAUUAAAUUAAUCAACAUUUCUUUUUUGGUAUGUUUGCAGUUUAGAUUAGAAUUUGGUUGAAAUUGGUCAACUAAUCUAUUUAAUGGAAUUGGAUUAACGUUCCUGUUUUCCUGUUUAUCAUUUAAUUUUAUAAAAAUUCAAUUUCCUUUGCUUAUUAACUUGUCAAGUCUAUUGAGUUUAAUUUUUUUGUUUUCUCUCAAUUGAGUUGUUUUUAAAUUUUCUUCGCAUCUUAUUUUUUUGUGAUUGGUGGUGCUAAUGUGAUUUCUUUUGGUGUUAAUAACCUGAAAGAUCACGAAAAAGAAUUUAGAGACAAAACGAGAGGAGAAGGAGACACAAUUGGAGAGAUAAAGAUUGAAAAUUGAGAAAAGUGAAGGAGUGAGAAAGUGAUAGAGAGAAAGAGAGAGAGAGAGAAAGGUAAAGGUAAAGGUAAAAAUAAUUAUGAUGACAGUUGCUGGUAGAAUAUUUCGACGCAAUUCCAAAGGAAUAAAAAGUAUUGAAUUUAAUGAUUGGGCCGAUGAAUCGUUUGAAGAUAUGGAUUCAACUUUGGCAGUACAACAGUUAAUUCAACAAUCAAUUCGCUGUAAUACUUCAAAUAUUGAUGAAAUAUUAUCACCACCGGAGGGUCAAGAUGAAGGAACCUGGAAAUAUGAGCAUCUUCGUCAAUUUUGUAUGGAAUUAAAUAAAUUAGCUGUUAAAUUACAGAAAGAAUGUCUUCCCGAGAUGUGUAUACAAAUGACCGCAACGGAGCAAUGGAUUUUCUUGUGUGCAGCCCAUAAAACACCGAAAGAAUGUCCUGCCAUAGACUAUACCCGUCAUACAUUGGAUGGAGCUUCUUUAAAUAAUACAAAAUAUUUUCCUUCUCGAGUAACCAUGAAGGAAUCAUCUGUUAGUAAAUUAGGUUCAGUGUGUCGACGAGUAUAUCGGAUAUUUGGUCAUGCAUAUUUUCACCAUCGAAGUGUUUUCGAUGAGUUUGAGAAUACAAGUCACCUUUGUAAACGAUUUACAAUAUUUGUAACAAAAUAUAAUCUCAUGUCAAAGGAACAUUUAAUUGUACCAAUAUUGGCACCGGAAGUAUCAGAAGUCCCAGAAGCUGCUGAAGAAAGUGAAGCUUAAAAAGGAUACUCAAUUUUUCACCAACAUGGGAAACAUUUGAUAAUCGAAAAUUUCAAUCCAAUCGUCUAAAGGAAAAACAACAACAACAACAACAACAAAAUCAACAUCAACAUCAAUUUCUACAAAAACAUCCACAAUAGCAUCACAAUAACAACAUUUUCAACAACAACAUCUACAGCAUCAACAACAAUUAACCUGAUAAUUUACUCCAAUAUGAAAAAACACCAAUAUCUUAAUAAGUUGACAAGAUUUUAUCAAAAAAUUCUGCUCAUGGAACCAGUUACAAGAUAAUUAAUCUUCCGGUUCAAAACAUUAUGUUGAUUUUUCCACGAUCAACUUUUAUCAAAUCAACAUCUUCAACCUUUGACUUAAAUCAAAAAUGAGAAACAAAACAAAUUCAACCCUCUUCAAGUGUCCACACUGUAACAUUCAUAGAGAAAUUUACUAAUUGUCAUCAAAAAUCUAAAGCUUAUUGAUAUUAAAUUGUAUCAUUAUGUUUACCCUGAAGUUGAAUGAUUAAAAGAAUACAAAAUGACUAAUUAAACACAAAUAUCAUCUAAAAA